GGAACCGAGGUGUGCACAAUACGCACCAGGCGCAAGAUGAUUAACGCACACUUCCAUUGAAUAAAAAGAGAGCCUCCCCUUUUUUCUCUCGCAACUUCUUCGCCCUCAUCUUUCUGUCGACGGCUGUGGUUUUAAACCCCUUUUUUUUCGGUGAUUCGUUUGAGCGACGUUACUUUGCAGUGUUCGUGUAUAAUAUUCGUGUAUCAUUAUGUCGGAUGAAGAACCAGUUGACCAGAAGAAGUAUUUUGAAGAUUUAUGCAAACCCAAGUGUGUUAGAGCUUGGCUUGACUAUCAGGGAUGUGUGAAAAGGGUUCAGGCAGAUGAAACUGGCCACAAACAUUGCACUGGGCAGUACUUCGAUUAUUGGCAAUGUGUUGAUAAAUGUGUUGCGCCUAAGCUAUUUGCAAAACUGAAGUAGCGGAGGAAGAUAUAUGUCAGUCAGGAUGAUACAUUUUUCGGGUAAAAUUAAUACCUUGAGUUGAACAUGAAUAAGGAGCGUCUUAAUUGGCAUGAAUUUGAUUCAGUUGUUGGCCAGCUCUCAUGCUGUGCAACUUAAUGUUUAUUCAUCAUCAAAACAUAUCUUUGCAGCAGUUGAUCAUGUUUAUGUGUUCUAUCAAUUGUUUUGAAUCAUUUUCAUCUUGUGGAUCU